GGUGCACAUGGGGUGACCGUCCGUCUGAGUCGCGAUGCACAGGAGGCGGAAUCCUCUCGGGGCUCUCGGGUCAAGCGGUGCCACCAGCGGCGCGGAAACAACUCCAGCCCGGCCUCCCUCCCAGUGUCCGAUCGGGUUAAACACCGCCCGACCUCCGGGGCGCGGAGGGCGAAAGCGGGACCUGGCGGAUCCGGCAGGAGACACCCCCCCCCCGAACCUUAAGAGCUAGGGGUUACAUGGCGCGCCACCCGGGUGGGGCUGCUUCUCCUCUCCCCUUUUGCUUGGCUCUCACGUCACCCCACCCUCCCGAUCUCCAGGGCGACGGGCCCAUCCAGGCGCGCGUCAGAACAGGCCGUCUCUUGGCAACGGCUCGAUGUCUCUCUCUCCCUUUCUCAUUCAGCCUCGCGCUCGGUCGCGCGUCGCUCUGGCGUCAAAGUGACGUCAAUGGGCCUGUCUCGGCUUUCGGGGUGGGCGGAAGGGCUUCCCGCGUGUUCCUCUGGCUGCUGCACACACCGGAGCAGCAGCGCGAGCCUAGCAGGCGGAGGCGGCAGCGGCCGGCCAGCCAGCCCAGCGCGAGGUGCAAAAUUUCAGCCUUUGAAGAGGAAUGCCUAUAUAAAUACUUCUGAGUAGUCUUUGUCAACAACCAUUAUCUAACCAUGGUGAUCAUGUCAGAUUACACUACUGUUCCCACCUUAAACCAUAGCCAGCAAAGGCCUCUUCGAGUUGGAUUCUAUGAUAUUGAGAGGACCUUGGGAAAAGGCAAUUUUGCGGUAGUGAAACUGGCUCGGCACAGAGUGACCAAAACGCAGGUUGCAAUAAAAAUUAUAGACAAAACACGGUUAGAUCCAAGCAAUUUGGAGAAAAUCUAUCGUGAGGUUCAGAUAAUGAAGCUUUUGAAUCACCCCCAUAUUAUUAAGCUGUAUCAGGUUAUGGAGACAAAAGAUAUGCUUUACAUUGUGACAGAGUUUGCAAAAAAUGGAGAAAUGUUUGAUCAUUUGACUUCUCAUGGACACCUGAGUGAGAGCGAAGCUCGAAAGAAGUUCUGGCAGAUCCUUUCAGCUGUAGAAUAUUGUCACAGUCAUCACAUAGUACACAGAGACCUCAAGACAGAGAAUCUGCUAUUAGACGCUAACAUGAAUAUCAAGCUUGCAGACUUUGGGUUUGGAAAUUUCUACAAAUCUGGCGAGCCUCUCUCCACGUGGUGUGGAAGCCCACCCUAUGCAGCUCCGGAAGUUUUUGAAGGAAAGGAAUAUGAAGGUCCUCAUCUUGAUAUAUGGAGCCUUGGUGUGGUGCUGUAUGUUCUUGUCUGUGGCUCUCUGCCAUUUGAUGGACCUAAUUUACCAACUCUGAGGCAAAGAGUGCUUGAGGGACGAUUCCGCAUUCCCUACUUUAUGUCUCAAGACUGUGAAACACUCAUUCGACGGAUGCUCGUUGUGGACCCUACAAAACGAAUCACAGUUGCUCAAAUAAAACAGCAUAAGUGGAUGCAGGCAGAUCCUUCUCUUCAGCAGCAGUCUCUGUCAUUCUCUAUACAAAACUACAACUCCAACCUGGGAGACUACAAUGAACAAGUCCUUGGUAUUAUGCACAGUCUUGGAAUUGAUCGGCAGAGAACAGUUGAGUCCCUUCAAAAUAGCAGCUACAACCAUUUUGCUGCAAUUUAUUACCUUCUCUUGGAGCGCCUUAAAGAGUACAGAAGCAAUCAGUUGUCAAAUCGUCCACUAAAUGGCCGUCAGCAAAGGCCACGGAGCACAGACUUCAGCAACGUUGAGUUGCCUCAGGAUAGUCUUGCCAGUGAGACAUUGAGAUCAUCUCUCCUUUACCAGCAUCCUCAAAAUUUGAUUCCGUCACCGUUGCAGGCAGAAUUGGAUUGUGACAUAAAUAACCCAUUACAGCCUGUGUUCUGUCCUGUGGAUCCAAACUUCAACAGCCUCUUUAGGAAUCGCUCAAUCUCUCCAAACAGCCUGCUGGAAACCACCAUUAAUGAGGAAGUUAGGCAAGACAAGGAACUGGAGGAGGAAAUUAAAGCCUUCAACCCAGUCCGCCUCCCUAUCAACACUAGCCGAAGGCAUACGCUGGCUGAAGUCACAACUCAUUUUUAUCAGUGCUCUCCACCAUGUAUAGUGAUUUCUUCAUCCGCAAGCCCCACUGAAGGAACAAGUUCUGACAGCUGCCUCACUUCAUCAUCAAACAACAGCUCUGUGACUCUCGGCAAUUGUUUGGAAGAUCAAAUGAUGCUUGGUCACCCAGGCACAGCCAGAGUCACAUCAUCAUUUCUGACUUCUCAAUCAGACACACCAGUAUUGCAGGCUCAGGGCUGCAUGGGUGGAGCUUCUCUGUUGCCUGUCACCUUCCAGGAAGGAAGGAGAGCAUCUGAUACCUCAUUAACUCAAGGCUUGAAAGCAUUUAGACAGCAGCUGCGGAAGAAUGCUAGAGCCAAAGGUUUUCUGGGUCUGAAUAAAAUCAAAGGGCUUGCUCGACAGGUGUGCCAGUCCUCAUCUGCUCGGAUGGCCCGGAACGGCAUGAGCACUUUCCAGCAUUCUCAGCCGAAUGCUUGCAUUUAUGGUAGUGGAGGAAAUAGUGGUGGCAGCAGCAACAGAGAGAGCAGGAACUUGCUUGAAGAGGUGCUCCAGCAGCAGAGGAUGCUUCAGUUACAACAUCAUCAGGCAACCUGUCACCAGCCCUCUCAAGUGUCUCAAGCACACACCAGAGUCAUGUCUGACACAAAAGGCAGUAAAUCAACCAAUUCUCUGCUCCUAUCUGAAUUGCAAAGUGAGAACUCAUUAGAGUUGGCCUUUGGCAACACCCAGUUUCUCCAACCUCCCUUUCUUGGCGUUGGCAUCUCUCCAGUGUCUUCAGCUGCUCAUCUUCUAGACACACAUCUGCACAUCAGCAACAGUGCAUCCCCCAUUGCCUCCAUGUUUUCGCAGCAGAAUAGCUUCACUGUGCAAUCUCCAACCUACGAAGCAGUCAGUUUGCAGCAUGGGGACUGUGAAAUGGAGGAUCUUACUUCCAACCAGAUGGGGAAAUUUGUUUUGGUCAAAUGAGAAGUGUUCCUUUUCUUUGAAUUCAUACAGCUCUUUGGGGACAGAAUUCCACUCUCACUGAGAUCUGAGAAAGGGCGAAUGACUGUAUUUUGCAACAGUAAAUAACUCUCAGAAGCAAUAACAUGUUUGAAGUAUGUGAAGAGGCCAUUUGGCUCAGUAGAGCUCCUAACUUUAUAGAACUGAUAAAAAAGCAAUAUAUAUGUCUUUUGGCUUCAACAAUCCUUGCACUGAACAAAUAUCAUGAAAAACAGAAAGAAAGACCUUUUGAAGAAAAUAAUGACAGGGAACGGGGAUGGGUGGGGUGGGGCUAGGGAGAACACUUUUCCGGUACUGUAUUAAAGUCAGGCCAAUACAGCUUUGCUGUUAUGCAAGACUUCAAAGGUGGUCAGUGGUGGUGGCAUUGCAGGGAUAGGCUUUUUCAAAGAAGGGACCAGAGCCACCCUAUUCACAAUAUUUGUUUUAUGGAUUUGUGAAGAUGCUUACCUCUUUCUAAAACAAAAAACAAAAAAACCCUGCAGAAGUGGCAAGUAACAUUAUGCAGAGAUAGACGAACAAUGGAGAAAGGAUUUUGAUUCUUGUUUUAAAGGAAUCUAUACCUCUUCUGUUUAUUUUGUUUCCCUCCCCUACUCAAACAUUUGGACCUUAAGAGAAAACUGUGAACUUUUUGUUUCUUAUUUCAGACGUAAUAGCUACGUCUUAGGAUGUUUGUCCCCUGUUAUCAGGCUAUAAAUUGCUUUCAUGUUGCCUUUAUUCAAAAAUGAUAGGAAUAUUUUGUGUAUCAGCAUGGAGUUGCUCACAUAUUACUCCAGUGAUGAUGGGAAGAGCUUUUUAAAAAAUUACUUUUUAAAGAGAAAACCCUCCCUUCCUGCAAAAGUCCUGGCAUUGCUUUGAAGUUGCCUAUGGGGUUUUUUCAGUGCUGUACACAUUUAAUGCCGCUGCUAAUGAGGGUUUUUAAAAUGCAUUUCAUUAUCAGGGUCCAAACUGAACCGACUCAUAGGGGAAAGUGCAAUAUUCAGAGGUUUUGACAACUAUACUGACAGUUGAAAGGAACAGAAUAGCACAAAGAGAUACUCUUCAGAUGUAGUCCUUUUAUGAACAAGCUAGUUAAACAGUCAGCACAAGUUCUAGGUUUUGUUGUUUUGCAUAUUAAUAGGUUUUAAAAAGUUUUUUUUUAAAAAAAAAUUAGCAUUUUUAUGUGUGGGGUGUGUUUGUGUAUGCAUGUGUGCAUGUGUAUAGGAAUUGGAAGACACUAUACACUACUUCUUACAUUUUGAAAUAAGCUUUGAUAGUGUCUUGGCAUUUACUGUCUCAUCCUGGACAUCACAGGGGUGAGAGAGACUGCCUUGACUCCUUUGACCUUGAAGCAAAUAGCUAGUGGCAAAGGAGGAGAAGGGAAGUCAAAUUUCUGUAGCAGGUGAGCAAGUAGUGUGCCAGCUUGGCCCCAAAAUACCAUUCUGAUGUCUAAAACCAGCUUCAUUUUGACUAACACUUUAAGGACCCAUUUCUUUAAAUGUAACACAGGGGUGCCUUCACAUUACUACUGCUUCUUGCAGCCUGCAGUGUUAUAUAUGUUUAAAAAGGUAUUUUUUAAGCAAAUAAGCCAAAGACUGUCUGUUGAGUGGGCUGGGGUGGGGUAUGUGUGGAAUAGGUGAGAAUGUUAUGUGGCUCUAUCUGUGGCUCUCCAACCUCUAUCUAUGUACAGAAUCAGUAGUGAUGUGUCUUCAGCUUGAUGCUGCUGCUAUGUGGUGUGGAUUCUUCAAGGUGAAGGGAAAUUAUAUGAUUCUUUCUGCUGGUGCCUUUUGAGCAGAAGAAAUACUAGAGGCUUUUGGUCUCGGUAUAUUGUUAGCAGGAGUGACAAAAAACAAAUGAGGCAAGAUCAUCACAAAACAGCAAUGUUGCCUUCAUUUUCAUAAAGUAGCACGUACUUUUAUCAAUUGUUUCCUUUCCCCCUUUUCUAUCUCAUUCUUUUCAGUGUCAUAGAUCAAGUGGCCACAAAAACAAUGUCUGUUUCUUGUUCUGAGUGAUGAAAAGCACUUUACUUUCGGAGAACCCUUUCCCCUCCAUUUUCCCAUUGUUAUAGAAAAUGCUUGGAAACUAUUCUGGAAUAGUAAAAGGUCAUUUUCAGCAUUUCAGGGCUGGGGGAGGGGGGUGUUUGGUAGAGUUUUUUGACAGUGCUAUUUCUGGAGAUUGCAAUGCAAUAGAUUAUUUAAAGAUGCUUUGUGAUUGGUUUAAUUAAGAUGUAUAGUUUUUAUUUUUUACCAUGGCAGAAGAUCAUUUUAUUAUGUUAAAUGAGAGAUGUACACCAAAUUAUUAGUUGUGUUUUAUUUAAUAUUUAAAUAAAAAAAUCAAAAACACUGUUU